AUGGUAUAGUUACAAGGAUCUUUACAUGAUAAUAAAAUAUUUUAAAAUGAUAAUUUAAUCAAGGGAUAGAGAAUUGAGGAAUUAGUUUCAAAUAAUAAUUUACCCAAUUAUCAGGUCCUUAAGUCAUAUAAGGAGGAAUUUGAAAAUGAGUAAAUGUUUAACAAAUUUGAGAUUUAUAAUGAUUAGAUAUUUACUGCUAAAUCACUAUUAGGUUAGCAAUGCCGAGUUAUUGAUAAAAAUCUUGAAUAAGGUUAUAAGAAAAUAAUAUUUUAAAAGUUGAUAAAGAUGUCUACUAAACUAAAAGUUUUAUCUAAAAGAUAAUUAAGCUUAAUGAUGAUAUUUUUAUAUGUGGACUAGAAAAUGGUUGGAUUCAGCUAUUGA